UAACCCGUCACGUUUGUCUGCACUCUGAAACUUGCUCGCUUCUGUUGUCGUUUGAGCUUUUAAUUCGUUUCCCGUAGCUCACCGUGGUGGGUUUAUUCUGGAGGACAAAAGUUUAGACGGUCAUCUCGCUAAGCUAAAUUAGCCAGAAGAGUCCCGUUAAAUCAUCACUAGCUGUAAAGUGACCGUUGUUCGUGAGCCCGUCUAGGAGGAAAUAGGGAAAAUGUCGGAGUUAAGCGAUGAGGCCAGCGAGUCGGAGCAGCUGGGUGCCAGCCUCUCCCUGUGGCUGGGUGACUCCCUGGUGCGAGCUGAGGAGCUGGGUGUCCCUCUGGACCUUCACACCGCCUGCUCCAUCGGCCAGUACGACGUGGUGGCUGAGUGUAUUAAAAAGCGUGAGGUGGACCUGAAUGGCAAGAACAUUGGAGGAUGGACCCCACUCAUGUAUGCGUCCUACAUCGGCCAUGACAACAUUGUAAAUCUGCUGCUGGAGGCUGGUGUGAAUGUAAAUGCCACCACCGCCAAAGGACUCACUCCCCUCAUGCUGGCCGCAAGCUGUGGGAACGAAAGUAUCGCCUACUUUCUGCUUCAGCAAGGGGCUGAGUUGGAGCUGAAGGACUCUCGAGGCUGGACGGCUCUUUUCCACUGUACGAGCACAGGCCACCAGCAGAUGGUCAAGUUCCUGCUGGAUAACAAUGCUGAUGCCAAUGUCAAGGAGCCAGGGUCCGGGUUUACGCUCUUGAUGGAGGCUGCCGCUUCUGGGCAUGAAAUCAUUAUUCAGUACUUGCUCGAUCAUAAAGCUAAAGUGGACGAGCGCAAUGCCAAAGGUGAGACUGCCCGUGCCCUGGCUAUGAUGUAUGGCUAUACCAAAAUAGUCAGCCUCAUUGACUCACGUUCUCCAAGAAUGAAGCCAGGACACUUUGAAGAUCUGAGCUCCUCUGAGGACUCGGACAGCGCGCCGCCGAGGAUACGGUCCAGUCGAAACCGAGCUAAAGGCAUCAGCAUCCAUGAUGGGCCUCAGGCCAUCGCCAAGUUCCGAGUAGGAGGCACCAGCAAACUGUGUGAUCGUCCUGCCGCCUUGCCAGGCUACACGAUGUUUCGUGGCAUCGGCGAACAGAGCGAGGGCAUCUGCUACCGUGACGUGACCUCGCCUAUCAAUGAACUGGACGGCCAGAGCAACAGCAGUAGAGAUGACAGUCCAUUCUUUGACCAUGACAUGCCCACCAUGAGGAGCAGCAGUAGCAGCAGUGAAGGCCUGCCUCAUGUCGUCGGCCUCAACUGGGAAGGCUCUGUGGAGAGUAAUGAGGACUCUGACCAGUGUAAAAAGAGCAGCUUUCGCAGAGUAAAUAAGGGUCAUCACUCAAAAGGCAAGGCUCGCCACGGGAGCAACGAUGCAGCUCACUCCAGUGGGACAGGAAACUGUAGCACUGGCCUCCCACCUUCCUACACUGGUCCAAAGGAUCUGGCAGAGUUUUUGGAGCAAAUCGGUUUCUCGAAGUAUCUUCCAUUACUUGAAGAGCAAGACAUUGACCUGCGGAUUUUUCUCACCCUGACAGAAAAUGAUCUCAAAGAAAUAGGGAUUACCCUGUUUGGACCAAAGCGCAAAAUGACUUCAGCCAUUGCGAGGUGGCACAGCAACGCUCGACCGCCCAGUGAUGCUCUGGAACAAGCUUAUGCUGACCAGCUUGAGGCUGAGAUGCAAGAGAUGGCCAUUCAACUACACAAGCGCUGUGAGGAGGCAGAGAGCCUGCAGAGCCAGGUGUCUCAGGAGAAGGAGCUGCGUGCAGUAAUGGAGGGAUGUCUGAUGGAGGACAAAAUGGCAUGGAAGAAGGUCCACGGUGAACUGGUGGAGAACCACCGGCUGGCUCAGAAUGUGAGCGCCACGCUGGGGAAGGCAAAGGCGUGCCGCUCUGAGCUGUUCACCCGUUUGUCUACAGAUGGGAUCGGCAGCUCUUACACUGCUGUGGAAGGUACAAGUGUUAAAGCUGGGGAGAGAAUGACAUGUUCCAGUAUUGCAGAGCUGAUGAAGAAGAUGGAUUUGUAUGAGGAAGAACUAGCAGCAACUCUGCAAACCCUGCUUCAGAAUCUGAGGCGACUGAGUGCCCCAGAAAAAGUCUCAGACAGCUGGGAACGGCCAUAAGCUUUACAGGGUUUUCCCAACACUUGACGGAGGGUGAUCUCACCACCCUGGACAAUGUCACAGAAAUGGGAGAAGGCCAAAUACAAGGUAAGCACUGCUUGUCCAGAGCAGCUCGUGGAGUGAAACAGACCUGCUGGUCAUCUGGGAUUGGCCGAUGGACCAGACCUCGCCAGGUGCGGACGAGGUCAACAAGGGCGACGCAGCUACCGCAGGAAAACGACAAGCAGGCAGGAAGGGUAGGCAAGCAGGACGUGCUUGUGCUGCUGUUUGCUGGACUGCUGUAGACAGGGUGUGAAAAUGCACGAGGUGCUGGAGGAAAUCGUGGAUCAGGGGUUGUAAUACUGUGAUAUUUUUACGUAACUGUACUCUCUUCCAGUAUGAAAUGUGCUUUAAAUGUUUUCACCACCAGAAGGAGAGUUGAACUUAAGUUUAUGUGAAUGAAACUUUUUAUAUGUACUUCAUUUAUAUGUUGUUGAAUGUUUGAAAAUGUCCUGCUGAAUACAUUUAAGAAUGUACAUCAGAGAAACAUAUUAAAGUGGACCUAUCGUGCUCAUUUCCAAUUUCAUAUUUUCAUUAUUGCACUCACUAGAGUUGGAAUAAUCAUUACAUAUCUUAUACCGGGGCUUGGUGCUGCCCCUCAGUUCAUCCUCUGACAGAAAUGAGCCAUUUUAGCUCCUUUUGUGGACACAGUGCUAUUUGGGCAACUUUCUUCUGAUUGGAUGCUCGCUGUAUAGAGCGGGUUUGAACAUGAGCUGUGUGAGGUUGCUGUACUCCCAUAUAGAGCUUUGUCAUUCACAGAGAUCCAAGAAUAGAAAAUCUCUCUGCAAUUGAGCAUUUACAGCCUGAGUUUUUGGCUCACGGGGAUUACCUUCACAUACACUGGCUUGUCUUUUAAAAUUUUGUUAAUGUUUAAUAUGAACACCCACAAGGGUAAUAUCUAUAUGAUAGAACAUGCAUAAGGGUCCUCUUUAACUAUUACAGCAAUACAUUGUUACUCUCACAAAGGUCUUUUUGAUCUCCUACUUCUGUAGAUAAUUCAUAUGUAGACAGAGUUAUGAAGACGGAUAAUUCCCCCAAAUUAAAAGAAAUGCCAUAUUUAAAUCUUAAUAAAAACCU